AUGAGCACCGUGGAUGCAGAAGGCACAACAGCAUCACUGGCAGGUGGCCCAGCAGCGUCCCGCAGCAGCACUAGCAGAGCACUUGCAGCAGCAGCAGCAGCAGCAGCAGCAGCAACACUACCAGCAGCAGCACUUGCAGCAGCAGCAGCAGCAGCACCAGCAGCAGCACUAACAGAGCACUUGCAGAGCAGCAGCAGCAGCACUAGCAGAGCACCAGCAGAGCAUGCAGCAACACUACCAGCAGCAGCACUUGCAGCAGCAGCAGCACUAGCAGCACUAACAAGCACUUGCAGCAGCGCGCACUAG